GUGGGACGAAGGUAAAUUGAACCGAACCGUGCAUUGAUGUCGCUGUCCAGAGCAGAGACAAGAAAAUCUCAGUUGUUUCGGGAAAUUGAAAGCGUUCGCUUGUGUUUCAGUGCGCAAAGUGUGCGGUUUUUGUGUGAUAGAAGAAAGGUUUUGCCGUGUUUCAAAGGGGACGCAGACGAAGACAGCGACGUCGUCGUCGGUGGUAAACGGUGGGUAAACAGUGAAUGUGGACGUCGGUGCAUGUGUGAAGCGGGGGUCAAAGCCGUAUAUAAGUAAUAAUAACAAUAAAAUAUAAAAGAAUAGAAAUACAUAUAUAUAUGUACAUACAUAAGCAUAAGCAUUAGUGCGGCGCAAGAGCUGUAGCAUAUACUUGUACGUAUGAAUGUCUGCUGGUGUCUCUCGUUGGUCGCGACGGUUUGUGUGCGUGCAUCCAAAUAUUUUUUCCGUGUUGAAUUUUAUUAGAAUUCAAUUCAGUGAAUUUCUGUUUGAAAAUAUCUCUUCAGAGCUAAUGAUUAAUUGUGAAUUGUCGCCAAACAAAAGUUUUGAAAAUUGAGAAUUAAUUAUAUCUACCGAAAACGUCGUGUGUGAGAUUUUUUGUGUUUUGGAUACGCUUGUUGUUUUUGUGCACGGUUCUAUAGGCGCAUUAAGACAACAGCCGCACCAAAACGCAUACAUUAGUUGGCACCAGCUGGAGCAGCGUUUUUGUGUAUAAUUAAAUGCGUGUGCCAAGCAGGAUUGUGUGAAAAACAUAAUUUUUCCCAACAGAAAGUUGUGACGAAUAUUAAAAAUAGGAAUUUGUGUCAAAAGUGCAGUCAAUAAGUGUGGAAACGCAUGAAUUUCGAAGCGGCCAAGUUGCUGAAUAAUAUUGUGUUAAAAAGUGUAAAUGAAAAUUGUGUUUAUAUUCAAUAAAACCAAAUAAAUAAUGUGGCUUUAACUAUAAAUAAACCCACGUCUGUAUCGGCAAUAUUUCCUGAUUGGAUUUGGGUAAUAAACAACACGAAGCAUAAUACCAUUUUGUGCAAACUCUCGAAAAGACGAAAACAAUAGCACGUCUACACAACAACAAAACAGCGUAAACUACUCAAGCGUGUGUCUGUAAAUAAAAAACAAAAACAACUAUCCUUCACAUGUUACGCUCCGAAGCGAAGCGAUAAAAAGGAUAUGCAAAUAGAAUCAUUGAAAAUCAAAUGCAAAUUGUAAAUUUCACCAAACAAAUAGAGCAAAACCCUGGCAAAAAGCAACAACUAAAGCCCGAGCAUAGAAACAGCGCCAAUCAGCGGUGAAAAAUACGAAAUGCAACAGAGACGAGAAAUCACUAAAUAAAAGCAAUUUUCCAUGGAAAAUACGUAAAUGCGAAGUGGGAACCCCGUGAAAAGCGCACAUUGAGUGAAGUCAAAGCAAAAUGUGUAAAAAAUAAUUGGCAUUGGAUGGCAAGAAAAAAGUGUCAAAUGCGAAGCCGAAAUAAAAAGUGCGCAGAAAAACGAAUGCAAAACGCGAGUGUACAGCAGUGAAGCAGGGGACAGACAGUACGUGGGGCGUGCACAAAUAGUGGCUUGUGGCUGCAACGGUUGAUCGGGUCGAUACGGUGCGGAAAAUCCUUUGUUUUCACGUCGGUUUUGAGGCCAAAAGCGUAUAAAGCAAAGAAAACAAAUAAAUAAAUAAAUGAAAAAUAAAAUAAAUUGAAAUCAUAAGCUCUCGGCAAAUGCAAAUGCGGUAAAAUCGGUGUGUGUCCACUGCCUCAUGCCCCAACAACAAAAUACGUAAACGCGCGCGUAAGGACGAAAUCCGUUUGUGGAAAUACCCAGCGUAUAGUAUAACAACAACAACAACACCUACUACAAACUACGCCACGAAACGUGCGGAAAAUCUAGUUGCCAGUCGAAAGGCAUAGUUAACGGAAAAACCCCACUGUAACCGCGACCAAACGGCUGCCGGCAAACGCCACAUUGCACGAUUUUCCAACAAAACACAAACGUUUAAGGCUCCCUGCCUGUCUGCCAGCCUAGUCUUACGCCGUGUGUGUGUGUGAUUGCGGGAAUUUUCGGUGCGUCGCCAUCGCCGCCACUGUGUUUGUUGUGGAAAUUUGGCAUUUAUUCACAGGCGCUCACUUUAGCCUUGAAACCGCAUAGCACACAUUCUGGCGUUUGGCAUUUCAUUUGCGCCUGUGUAUAUGGUACAUAUAUAAAGAACGCUCGAAUCACCUUGCCUAGUGCAGUUGGUUUAGGCUCGCUUAACUAUUGGCGUCAGCAGCAUAAAAGCGCAUUCCAAUUUAUGUACUAACGUAUUUGCAACGGUUCAUCUCCGUAAUCAACGCGUCAAUCAAUUUAAACAACAACUAAAACAAGCGCCGUAAAUAAUUUUGUAUAGUUUAACGCCGUGUUGUUGCUGUAUUCGCUAACGCUUCGCGCUAAAACGUGUUGAUGCGCUGCAAUUUAGUAUUAACGCUCAAAUACUUUUUUGUUGUUACUGUUGUUAAACAAUAAUGUCAUCAAAAUGUGGAUUAAACCUGAUUUUCGUGUCGAUCAUUUUCAUUAUCAUCGUAAAUGGCUACGCAAAAGACAUUUCCGGAAUUGAAAGAGGUAAUUUGGAGACUUUGAAUGCUGUUAUAAAUGAUCAUCGUCGACUCAACGAAUACAUAUCGCACUAUGAAGUACUCAACUAUGAUCAUGAACACAUCCGUACUAGUCACAAUAGAGCGCGACGAUCCGUGACCAAAGAUCAUCAUGUAGAAUUAAAAUUUUCAGCACACGGAAGACACUUCCAUCUUAGGCUAAAGCGUGAUUUAAAUACAUUUAGUGAUAAGUUAGAGUUUUAUGAUAGCAACAAUCUGCCCUUGGAUGUGUCCACGGAUCACAUUUACGAGGGCGAAGUGAUAGGGGAUCGUAAUAGUUAUGUAUUUGGUUCCAUACUGGAUGGGGUAUUCGAGGGUAAAAUAAUAACAGAACGUGAUGCCUAUUAUGUUGAACAUGCCAAACAUUAUUUUCCAACAACAAAUGCAACAACAACUGCAACGGCAAAUGGCGCACAAAUGCCAUUGGCACAGCGAAGCGUUGGAGAACAAUAUUUGGGAAGAACAUCAACAACGACGACGACGAGUUCAUCCUCAACAACCACAACAACAACAUCGCCAGCGCCAGAAACAACAAUCAGUAGCACAACAAUAACGGCGAAUAUGACAACAACGUCUGAGAGCACACUGAAGACAUCGCCAACGUCCGGCGGAAAUCAUAAAAACGGACAAACUGAUGACAAUCGGAAUACUGGCUUCCAUUCUAUUAUUUACAAGGAGUCGCAUGUCGACGAUGCUUACAAGGACGUGCGUGAAGGACAUGCUGCUGGUUGUGGCAUUACCGAGGAGGUUUCCCAAUGGAUGGAGAGCAUACAAAAUUCUGCCGUUGAAGAGUUGCCCGAACCGAUGUCGAAGGAUGACGUAAGCCAACAAAAGCAACAGCACAAAUUAAUCAAACCGAAUAGCGCGCGCCUGACACAAACGCAAGAUGCAACUGAACAAACUGGAGAUAAUGCUGCACAAGCUACGGGCAAGAAGCAUAAAAAACCCACUGCCACAUCAGCAACAGCAACAGGCGGAGCGAACCCGCAACAGCGUCCACCGAAAAAAUACUCAAGUCCCACAGCAGCCUCAACGACCACGUCGUCGACGUUGCCAACAGCGGGCGGUAACUCAAAGACAGCCAAGGAUGCCGCCAGCGCCAGCAACAUUGGCGACGAUGACUUCAAAUAUCCUUAUCAAAAAUACUCGAAAGCGGCGAAUUUUCGCUUCGAUGACGACGCUGACGCGUGGCGGCCAUUUGCGCCUAAAGCGCAAGCCGAUGAUAUUUAUGGCCUGCCAAGUGGCAGCGGCAGCGGUAGCGGUAGUGGCUACUCUGGCGCAUUUUAUGACCCGGAAACAGGGCGCAAGUAUACGCCGCAAAACAUGGAUCGUAACGAAUGGCAUGCGAAAGUGCAUGAACGUGUGCGUCGCGCUACCGCCGCUAAUCCGAAUGAGAACAAGAAUACCUGUUCGCUGUACAUACAAACGGAUCCGUUGAUUUGGCGGCACAUACGCGAAGGAAUUGCUGAUCAUGACCGUGGCCGUAAAUAUGAGAUUGACGUAAAGACACGUGAGGAGAUCACUUCAUUAAUCGCACAUCAUGUAACUGCCGUAAAUUAUAUUUAUCGUAAUACGAAAUUCGAUGGACGUAGCGAACACCGCAAUAUACGAUUUGAGGUGCAACGCAUAAAAAUCGAUGACGACUCCGCUUGUCGCAAUUCAUACAACGGUCCGCACAAUGCCUUCUGCAAUGAGCACAUGGAUGUGUCGAACUUUUUGAAUUUGCAUUCACUGGAGGAUCACUCAGACUUUUGUCUAGCCUAUGUGUUCACUUAUAGAGACUUUACCGGUGGUACGCUGGGCUUAGCUUGGGUAGCCAGCGCCUCUGGUGCUUCGGGUGGCAUUUGUGAGAAAUUCAAGACUUACACCGAAACUGUCGGUGGCCAAUAUCAAAGCACAAAACGCUCAUUAAAUACGGGUAUCAUAACAUUCGUUAACUAUAAUAGUCGUGUGCCGCCGAAGGUGUCACAACUGACGCUGGCGCACGAGAUCGGACACAAUUUCGGAUCACCGCACGACUACCCAUUGGAAUGUCGUCCCGGUGGUCUCAACGGUAACUAUAUUAUGUUUGCUAGUGCGACCUCUGGCGAUCGACCGAACAAUUCAAAAUUCUCACCUUGUUCCAUACGUAAUAUCUCGAAUGUGCUCGAUGUUUUGGUCGGCAACACGAAACGUGACUGCUUCAAGGUAUCUGAGGGUGCUUUCUGUGGCAACAAGAUCGUCGAAUCGGGCGAGGAAUGCGAUUGUGGAUUUAACGAGGAGGAAUGCAAGGACAUCUGCUGUUAUCCACGCAUCAUCAGCGAAUAUGACCUCUCGAUGAACAGCUCCGCAAAGGGUUGCACGCGUCGCGCUAAAACGGAAUGCUCGCCAUCACAGGGUCCUUGUUGUCUGUCGAACUCAUGCCAGUUUGUGCCAUCGAACAAUCAUCAGAAGUGCAAAGAGGAGACGGAAUGUUCCUGGUCGAGCACAUGCAAUGGCACCACUGCCGAGUGUCCGGAGCCGAAGCCGCGUGACGAUAAAACCAAAUGCAACAACGGCACUGCGCUCUGCAUACGCGGUGAAUGUUCGGGUAGCAUUUGUCUGCUGUGGAAUAUGACCGAGUGUUUCCUCACGUCGCAAGCGGUGCCGCAUGUCGACAAGCGUCGACUGUGCGAACUCGCCUGCCAGAAUGGCAAUGAUAGUGGCACAUGUCGCAGCACUAGUGAAUUUGCGCAUAAAUUUGGACUGCCAGAGGGUGGCAUCAAUCUACGACCUGGUUCACCGUGCGAUAACUUCCAGGGUUAUUGUGAUGUAUUUCUCAAAUGUCGCGCCGUUGACGCAGACGGACCGCUGGUGCGGCUGAAGAAUUUAUUGCUGAAUCGUGAGACUUUACUGACUGUGGCACAGUGGAUCACCGAGUACUGGUACUAUGUGGUUAUAAUGGGUGUGGGCUUCAUCAUUGUGAUGGGCAUUUUCAUUAAGUGCUGCGCUGUGCACACGCCCAGCUCAAACCCGAAGAAGCGACGUGCGCGUCGCAUAAGCGAAACGUUACGCGCGCCCAUGAACACGCUACGCCGCAUGCAGCGCCAUCACCAGGGACGCGGUGCCGGUCCACGCAGCAUACCACCGCCUGCGCACGAACAACGCGGCAGCGCGGCGCCUAGCAGUCAUCAUCGCAGCGCGCAUCCACAUCAUUGGGAUCGCCACCAGGGUGGUCACUCUGUGGUGCCGCUACCUACCGGUGGCCCACAACACAAUCAUCAUCACGCCGGAGGGCGUACAUCGGCAAGUGGUGCCCCGGCUGCAGCAGCAAGUGGGCGUACGCCGGCUAAUGGACGUGGCUCGCGGCCGUCAACGCGCCCCACGAGCGGUACACGCAGCACAACACAUGGCGGGUAUGCAGAUGUGCCACCACCGGGCCUUGUCGCCACUGGUGUCAGCGGCGGUGGUGGUGGUGUUGGGGGUGUGCCCAAUGGCGCGCUAUUAGUUAGCGGUGGUAGUGGUGGCGGGCCUAGCGCUGGUGUGAUAGCACGCCAGCAAAUGCCGCUGCCACUGCCGCCAACCGGCGCGGUACAAGCACAACAACUACAGCAACAACAACAACAAGUGCAGGCUACAUUGUCGCAAGCAUAUUAUGCGCCGCCGAAAGCCGUCGCUCCGCAACCAGCAAGUUAUAAUCGGCCGCCAUCGCUGCAUAAUCCCGAGCUGUAUGCCGAUGCUUAUGCCGCGCUGGGACGGGGGGCGUAUGAGGCGACCACACGCCCACCCAACAGCAAAGUUUGACAGCAGCAACGGCAGUCAGCAGAGCAGCAGCAGCAAAAAUCAACAGCAACAAAAACCACUGCAGAAACAACACAAAAAUCAAAUGAACUCAAAUUAAAUGUAAAUGUACUUUUUACGCUAAUUAUUAUUAUAUAAAAAAAAAAACAAAGAAAAGGUUAAAAAAAUAUUAAAAUUUAAAAAUAAAAAUUAAAAAAUGCAAAGAAAACAAAGAAAUCAACAAAAAACGUAAAUAAAAUACAUACAUACAUACAUACAUAUAAAUAUAUAUUUUUUAAAUUAAUUGAUAUACAAAAUACACAAAAAAAGUACAUAAAAAUAAUCAAAAAAGAAAUGAAAAGAAAUAUGAAAUAAUUAAUUUAAAGUAAGCAAACUAAAGUAAAUAGUGAAAAAGUGAAAAAUUGUGUAAAAGUAUAGGUAAAAAUGUGAAUUUCGAAGUUAUUUGAAUUGCGAUAAACGAAAAAGGCAUGAUACUAAAUGAUAUAUAGUUAAUACAAUUUAAAAUGUAAAUUUAUAAAAAUAACAACAACAAAUUGAUAUUUUGUGCAUACAAUUACAAGUAAGCUGUUAAAGAAGAAUAGUAAGUAAUGUGAGUGUUGAAAGAGACGCGUGGCAACCAAACGCAAGCACGUCAAAAAGACUAUAAAGCAUAUUGAUGAAUAACAAAAAAACUGUAGACAUAAAUUUAAUUAUACAUCACCGAUAAAACAUACAAAAACAAUAGCUAUUUAAAAGGCAAUACUACUAAGUAUAGGUGUGAGCUAAGGUGCAUGGAAUACAAGGUGACGACACGUGCCAAUUUGUGGCGUAAUUGCAUUGCCAGAUUUAUGUAAAAUAAUAUGCAUACGCUUUUUGUAUUUGUUUUUUUUUUUUUUAAUUUUAGAUGAAAAUUAUUUUUUAAAAUUUUUAAAUGAAAAUUAUUUUUGUAAAAUUUUAAUUGAGAAAAUUUAUAAAAAAUUUUAAAUGAAAAUUAGUUUUGAAAAAUUACAAUUCAAAUUAAUUAACUUUCUAAAAAAACUUUUAAUGAAAAUUGGUAUUCAAAAAUUUCAAUUGAAAAUUAUUUAAAAAAAAUUCCAAUUUGUAUUCAUUCACUUUCUAAAAAAUUUUAAUUAGUAAUAAAAUGCUGCGUACGUCAACUCUUUUCUUAUAUAUUUGCUAAUUUAAAUAUUCGAAACUACGUAACAACAAAUUUUCUGAAAUUAUAGUGGCGUCACCUUCUCUUCUAUACACCUUGGGUAUGAGUUGUGUUUGAUUGUGUGGCAACCAAAGUAUUACCCAUAAAAACUAAUUUAAAUGUUAGAAAUUUUCAGAUUUUCAAAAAUUAAAAUUUUAUUGGCAUCACAAAUGUAUUAAAAUAUUGAUUUUUAUAGUAAAAGCUUAAGGAAACGUGAGAAAUGGAAAGCAAAUUUGUACUGAGAAAUAUUUUUUAUAGGCUUAACUUUUGUUGAAAUAAAAAUGUAUGAAAAUAAAAAUUUGUGCGAAACCAGCAGAUUUGGUACAUGGUUUGUUGAAAUAAAUUAAUUAAAAAUUUUGAUAUUUGAAAAAACUUUUCAUAAAAAUUUCAUUAAUUAUUAAAAAAAAAAAUAUUAAACAUUUUAUUAAUUACAAUUAAAUUUCAUCAAUCUUGGAAUUUUUAAAAGUUAGUUUUAAAUUAACUAGAGCUUUUCCACUAUGUCUGAAACAUGUUUUUUUUUAAUAUUGUAAGGUGCUACAAUUAGCAAUUGUAGACAUCUAGAAAGAAUUGCAAAUAAUUUUUUCAAGAAAAAAAAAUUGGAUUUUACUUUUUUUUACAUAAUUUGUGUAAAAUAUGUAAACUAGUAGAAAUCUUAUUUCAACAGAAGCAUAAAGAUUAGAUAUGUUUAAAUAAAAAAAAUCGAUGAUAAUGUUUUAAAAAUCUAACUGUAGACCCGAAGUAGAGUUGCAAAGAAAAUUCAAAUAAUACAGUAAUCCCCGCUUAAGUGCCCAUUCUUAACAUGCAAAGACUUUUGAGUCACUUAAGCGGAAAAGGUUUAAAUGAAUGCCCCUUAAGUGCCUCGAGGUGCUUACCAAGCAUUUUCUCAAAUACUUCGAUCUAAUAUUUUUUUCUUUUAGAAUGAAAGUCACAUUUAUUUGUUAUUAAUAACAAUUUCCUUUUCACAAUUCUCAGUGCAUUCAAUGUUAAAAAUAUUAUAAGGCACUUAAAAGAGGAGAAUUGCAAACAAGUUUAUAUUUGUUGCUUAAAAAUUGUAGGCAUUUACACGAGAAAGGCACUUAAGGGGAGGCUCUUAAGCGGGGAAUUUUAUAUGUAAAUUUAGAGAAAAACCAAGAUGUUACAAUAUGUUGUCACUAAAGCGGAAAUCACUGUAUUACCUAAGUACCUUGGCUGCCAAAACGCUGAUACAACCGUUUAUUAAGCAACUGUUAGAUUGCUACAAUAUUUUAAAAUAAAAUUUUUUCUUAAAACUCUUUUCAUAAAUGCCUCAUUAUUUUAAAAAUAAUUUAAUUUAGUAUUAACUAGUUAUCUUUUAUAAUAUAUACUUACAUACAGAUACAUAUGUAUAGACGAACGUAUUUUUUAAUAUUGUUUAAAGCAUAUAAAGUCAUAAAUACUACAAAAAGAUUUUCUAUAAUGCGUGUUUUAUUAUUGUCAAAAACCUGCAAAUGUUUUUAGCCUAAGUGCAGUAUGUGUGAAACUAUUUUAAGCAUUGCAGUAGCAGCGAAAAUAUACACACAAGCGCAAUUUACAAAUUUCCGCACUACGAACAAAUAUUGUAAACGUUUUACUCACUUAUGUUUGUUCGUUAAAAAUAAAUAUGUAUAUGUAUCAGUGUGUUUAUGUUUACCUCAUAGACUUUUUAAAUGUUAAGUAUAUGCAUGUGGGAUAUGUUAGCGCAUUUGUAUUGUAAGUGCGAUUUGUAUUGAAUCCCAUAUUGAUAAUUAAUUAGUGCUUUUAGUAUUUUUUUUAAAUAUAAAUAUAUGAAAUUCAAUAAUAUUUGACCGUGCAUGUUAGACGACUUUACGCUGAAUAAUAAGAAAUUUUAUAAAUGCAGUCAAACCCACCAAAUGGCGCAGUUGCGCAGUACUUUGUAUUCGUAUUUCGUACUAUAUUGAAAUGAUUACUCAUAUUAUGUUAACCGAUUUUGAAAUUUAUGUAACUCAACACUGUCCGAUAUUCUAGUAAAUAAAUAUGCUUUUAUUAUAUGAA